GAUGGCGGCGCGGGGGUUUCGCAGCGCUGUGGAGGCUGCAGCCUGGCCGGGCUCCUCGCGGGAUGGGCCUGGGCUUAUGCCCUCCGUAUCUGCUGGCGUUAAGGGCUGUGACAGAGGAGCGCCCCGCUGAGGGGCGCGUCCUCCUGGCCUGAGGUGCCGCGCGGAGCCUCGGGGAGAGUGCGGAGAGCUGAGCGCUCCCCCUGUCCCCUUCAACUUGGCGAUUUCAGUAGCGGGGCAGAUGUGGGAAUGAAAGAAGGAGCCCUCGAUUCCGCUCCCCAUAGCAAUGAGCCUGCGAACUGUUUUCCUCAUGAGGGUGGGAGGUUUGGAAGUUAGAUCGCCUUCGGCAUCUUUGGGUGCUGGGUGUUUUAUGGGUGGAAGUAGAUCAAAGCCCUGGUCCAGCAUCCCUCUCGGCAGAGGCAAAGGGACAUCCUGAGGUGAUCAACAGAGAGGGGAUGCUCCCCGCGGGCUGUCUUAUGAAGUCUGCUAAGCUAUUCCUGGGGCAAGAUGGAAAGAUGCCUCUCUUUGGUUUCAAACUUGCUUCCUGCUACUUCUGUUUGAAGUCUAACUCUUGUGUUUGGAGAGGCAUUAUACGCUCCCUCGUUGUCCUUUCCUCCUGCCGCAUCUGAAUUUAUAAGCUUUUAAUCUAUUGCACCUCAGCUAUAUUCCCAGCCUGGAAGAUUUAAAACUGUUUAGUCUUUGCUUAUUUGAAAACCAUUCUCUGUUUGUAGAUCAUCGCCUUUCCCUGAACAGUUAGAAGCUGUAUUAGGUCUUUUCUGAGAUAAUGGUCACUGAAGAAGCAUCUUACAGUGCCAAAGCUGCAGGUUGUGUAGUUGUAGGGUGAACCUGUAGUUGCACAGUUUUUAAAUUUCUGUACUGCUUACAGUGGUUUUAUUCUUUUGACAGCUCCUUUUAACAGAGAAAUUACUUUUCAUUUGUGCGUUGUUCCUCUUCCUCAACUAAGCACAAUGAUAGUGGGUUUCUUGUAUUUGUCAUUUGAAUGCAUGUGUUGAGUCCACAUGCCUUGCAGUUGCUGUGACAGAGCAGCUCUUCUGUAGUAACAUUUUGUACCAGGCCCUAUCAACUAAUCAGUGUCAAGUAGUAACUCCUCCAGUUAUGUGUUUCUUCACUUCCUAAACUGUUCAUUAACUGUGUUUAAAAGCACAGAUGCAUCAUGCUUCUGUGUGAUGUAUACCCUGUCUACAUGGUGCAAAAUGAAAUUUAUUUUUGUUUAGGUUUGUUGUUGUUCUUAGCCUUCAUUAUAUUGCAGGCAUUGUAAUAUGCUUGCCAUCCUCUUUAGGAGGGUGGUGGUUUCUAAGCCAUUUAUAACUUUUUGAUGUUGGUAUGAAAUUUCAAAACCAUAGAGAUUUUGCAUUACUUGUUGACAUAGUUGUCUUGUUAAUUUGUAUCAUGGGAGUAACACUUCCAAUUUAUAACACAUCUAGGGAAUUUCAUUGCAGUUCUGUACUUUGUUUGCAGUGGUUUUGACCAAGAGGUUUUGGGUUUGACCAUCUACUGGCUCGUGUUUCCUGGCAGCGCUCAGUCACAUUUUAAAGAUAAGGUAGAAGCAAGCCCCAUUGCCAACAUACUGUCAGAUCAGUGAUUGGUUUUCCAUGAAGAAGUAACUGUGAGAACACCUCAAUCAUUCUGUGGCAUUAAAACUUCAACUGAGUCUGAAAUAUCAAAGAUAUUCUUGAGGGCUUUUGCAUGAUAAAAUUGAAAAUUAGCCUCUUAUUCAAAUAGAACGAACACCAGACUUUCAGAUGUAUUUUCUCCAAGUAUGCUUCAUAAUAUGAAAAUGUAGUAUUUUAGUAUUCAGAUUUCUUUGUUAUGGAUGCAAUAAACCUUAGUGAUAGAGGGAACGUUUCGCUUUCUGUCCUUUCAAGUUAGUGUGAACAAGCUAUUGAAUUUUAAGAGCUCAGGAAACUUUAAUGGGACAGGUCUGAGAGUUGGUGACAUAUUAGUCACAUUUCAAACACUGAUACAGUAGCCUUGGAAGUUAUGGCUGGGAAGUUUGUGGCAGCAAGGAAACCAGUAACCUCACUGUAAGGUGAUUGCAAAUGCUGUACAUAUUAAUGAGCAUAUUCUGAAAUGUGAUUAACAGUAGUGUUACAGUCAUAUGUUGAGCAAUAUUUGGAAUUUUGAGUACAGUGAAAUUGCAGGAUUAAAACAGAGGAAUCAGAAACUGCAGCUUAGUUUGUGAGUGCAUCCUGUGUUACACUAUACAGAAUUGGAUAAAAACUGCUAAGAAAAUAUUUUGCUUAUUUCAGUUCUUUACCAGCAGAUUUCUUUUCACUAAAGGAAGAUGUCAUUUUUCCCAAAAAUCUCUUUCCAACAUGAAGUUGAAGAGUAUCUCACCAAAGUGUUCAGAAAUAAUGAGCUUAUCACUGCUUUAGGUACACAGGAGGUGGAGAAUAAAUAUCAAUCUCUGUUGAGUCAUCUGUCUCAUCCACCAGCUUUUACAACUGUUAGAGUUAAUACGCACUUGGCCUCAGUGCAACAUGUGAAAAAAUUGCUCUUCCAAGAGAUCCAGAAGCAAUUUCAAGGACUAUGUGUUCCAGUUCUUGAGCACCCAAAACUCCAGGACAUCUUAUUAAUUCCUGUCAUUGGACCCAGGCGAGAUUUAAAGAAACACGCAUCUGAAGUCAUUGUUGGAGCCCACUGUGGCUAUGCAGUACUUAGAGGAGCACAUGUUUACGUGCCUGGAAUUGUAUCUACCUCAAAAUUUAUGAAAGCUGGAGAUCUGGUCUCAGUGUAUUCAGAUAUUGAAGGAAAAUGUAAAAGGGGAGCCAAAGAAUUUGAAGGAGUCAAAGUUUUUCUUGGAAAUGGGGUUUCAGAACUGAGUCGCAGUGAAAUCUUUUGUUCAAGUGGCCCAUUGAAUGGCAUGGGCAUAAGAAUGACAGAGCCAGUCUACCUUAGUCCUUCAUUUGACAAUGUGCUCCCUAGUAAUUUGUUUUUACAGAACUUGCCUUCUGUGGUCGUGAGCCAUGUUUUAAACCCUCAGCCAGGAGAGAGAAUUUUGGACAUGUGUGCAGCACCUGGAAGAAAAACAACCCAUCUUGCAGCACUGAUGCAUGACCAGGGUGAAGUAAUAGCCCUGGACAAAAUAGCUAACAAGGUCAAAAAAGUUAAGCAGAAUGCUGAAUUGCUACAGUUGAAUUGCAUUAAGGCAUUUUGCUAUGACGGAACAAGGGCACUUUCAGUUGAGAAGAGAGAGGAUGAACAAGAAGGACCUCCAUUCUUACCAGAGUCAUUUGAUCGAAUUCUUCUUGAUGCUCCAUGUAGUGGGAUGGGACAGAGACCAAACAUGGCUUAUUCCUCGACUUUAAAAGAAGUGACCUCCUAUCAGCCACUACAGCGCAAACUUUUCACUGUGGCAGUGAAAUUGCUGAAGCCAGGAGGUGUUUUAGUGUAUAGUACAUGUACGAUUACACUCUCUGAAAAUGAGGAGCAAGUUGCUUGGGCCCUGAAAACUUUUCCUUGCCUCCAGCUUCAGCAACAGAAACCUCAUAUUGGAGGAGAAGGCAUGAGGGGAGCCGGACUAUCGCUUGAUCAGUUGAAGCUGCUGCAGAGAUUUGAUCCAUCUGCUGUGACGCUGCAAGGAAUGGAUAUUAAUUCUUUGCAAGAUUCCAAAGAAGAUGAUCUGAUUUCGCUGGCAAAUAAGGACUGUAUAGGAUUUUUUAUUGCAAAAUUUAUUAAAAGGAACAGUAAAUAAGCAUUUAGGAACGCAACCUGAAAAAAUGCCUCUGUGAGUCUGAGAACAGUUCAGACGUGAAGUGUGUUUCUUACUGCUGCAAUGUUUCCAAGCCAACGGACUGACGGCAGGGUUGCUAUGGCAGCAAUAAAAUCUGCCAGCUGUUCUGCUGGGAAGGAGCCACAGGUUGCAGAAAGAAGUCGUGGUUGGGGGAAGGGUAGUAUCAUUUUUAAAUCUACAUUUGCUUUUGUAUUUACAGCAGGUCAGUGCAUGAAGGACAAGUUUGUUCACUCAUAACUGUUGUCUGUUCUAUCUUUCCCCAUGUGAGAUGCCUAUCUAGGGCAGCGAGUGCAGGAACGGGGUUUCUCUGGGAGAGGAAGUUAUCUGCUUUAUGAAAUGCAAACAUAAAUAAAAUAGAUGGGAACUAUUUUUGUGAAUUUUGGAAAAGGUUUCCCAAUAGUUAAUGCUGCAUUAAAUACUGCUUCACGAAACACUGUAACAUUUUACAAAGAACUGGUUUGUAAAUUGAUACUUAGAACCUCAUUUCUCUUUUUAUUUUAACACAAGCAAGAUUCUCUGUACACAUAGUAUAUACACAAAAUACGAUUAGGCUUUGUAGCAUGUCUUUUAUAGCAGCAUGAAUAUAUUAAACCAUCUCACUCUGGGAAUGUAAAUAAAUAUUGUUUCAACAUCAAACUUCCCAUGCAUAAACUGUAUUGGUUCUGAAGUAGCCUAUUGGACUGGCUGACAAGUGACAAUUUUAAAAUUAAACAUUUGCAACAGAAGGGGCUACAGUUGUGAUUAAUAUAGCAAAAGACAGAAAACAAGGCAUAAUACCAUCUGAAAUGUUGCAAAUCACCUUUCAAACAACUGUUAACUCUUCAUUGGUUAGAAAGCAUCACCAGCUAAAAAUCAUAUGAAAACGGAAACUGGGGAAGCAUGCUAAUGAGAACAGACUUAAUACACUGCUCAAAGUUUUAAUAAUCUGAUUUUUUUAAACAUGUUAGAUGUAUUUCAAAAUUCUGCUUCAGUUCCAGAGAUGUUCUCCAUUUGAACAGUAUUCUCUUUUCUCAGUACUGUUGGAACUGACAAUAGCACUGAAAUUAGAGGGAAGAGGUAAAAACAAUUAAAAAAUGUCAGCUGACAUCUCUAUAUGUUUGAUUUUUUUCCUCUCGCUGAUCAAUUUCCAGUUUCUGAAAGCAUUUGCCUGAAAAAUGUGUCUUUUCAUACAUAACUGCUUAGUUGGAUUUAAAAGAGUAAUAUUUCUUUUAGAAUUUAUAUUGUCAGAAGUGCUUUUCAUUUACUCAUAAUCAAACCAAUUUAUAAUUCUGUUUCUCAGUAGUCUUGUUGUUUACUUAUAUUUGCUGUAAACGUUUUGAUACCAUAUGUUUUCUACUGUUCAUAAAUAAAACAAUGUCCUUUCUUCUGCUUUGCCAAUUUUGCCUAGUACAUCCUCUGUAAGGCCUAUCCUACCAGGAUGGGAGGAUGGAAUUCUUGUCUACUACUUGUCGACUUCUUUUGGUUGCUCCUUGCCAUUAACUACAACAUGUGUAAAGAAGAUUUAAAGUAAUUUUGUUUCAUCAGGAGUUGGUGAGAUAUCCUAUUUAGAAACAUGAUGGCCUAUACUUAUUACAGACUUUUUAAUCUGUAAUAAGGUUAAAAUAAUUACUUG